AUGACCAUGGACACUGUCGCCAGCCGACAGUCAGUGCUGCCCACCAUUCAAACGACACACCAUGGGGACUCGCGGAGCCAGGAAAAGAGCCACUUGGAGAUGCGGAGUGUAUCCACGCCGACUCUGGGAGGAAAACGUCGCAGUUUCUUAGCAAAGACCUUCAGGAAGGUCAGCAGCAGCGCCUCUACGACCGACCUCCCGGCCAUGUCCGAAUCAUCCAACGUGUCUAGCACCCACAACCGCCGAGUCCUCCAUAAGAACCAAGGAUCUGGCGGCUCAAACUCAUCCUCUAUUUUCUACCGCCUGAACCGUCGAGCAUCCAAGGAUUCAUCCGCUAGCUCGCAUAUGUCGGAGGAGACGCCAACCCAUCUAAGCCCUCAUCCCCAACCUAACCCUGUCAGAAUCCUCAAACAUGGAGCCCUCAAGACCGACGCUCGAUUGUGGAAGUCACGCGCCGAAUACAUUGUCCUGACGGAAAGCCAUCUGAUCAAAUUCAGCAGUGCCGAGGCAGCGAGAGCCAAUUUCGCCGAGCUGGCUCCUCCCUCAGGCCGCCUCAAGAGAUCAUCAACCUCAUCCUCGCUCAGUCAGGACGGGUCAUCUGGUGAUGGUCGUGUUGAGAUUCCACUGUGCAGGAUUGUCAACAUUUUCAACGAAGAAGGCGUAAGUCCUCACUUCGGGCUAGAUGUUUGGUGGUCAGAGAUUGCGCCUCUAGUGGCAUGGACAUGCACCAAACUGUUUUUUGGUUUGCCUGCAGAGCGAGAAGACUGGAUGACGGAGAUUCGUCGUGCUACCCGUGAUUCUGUGGGCUCGACAAUUGUGCCAAAAGGAAUCGUUGCUCCCAACGUUAAGUCUGCCAUCCAUCAAAUCGUUGCUGCAGAGGAGCCUUCAUGCCGCGGCCUUCCUCUGGACAUUUACCCAGUUGUUCAACGCACCACUCUCCUGACCUCUAAAGCCGACAGCGCUGAGGUUUCCAAAAAGUUCCGUGAUGGAUCGUCUCAUUAUCUGCUUCUUGGUCAAAACAAGUGCUAUUUUGUUCGAGUAGCGAGAACUUCAGUAUACAAAGCACCGCAGGAUAUUGACAUCAACACCGUAGUCUUUGGCCUGACAUCGUUGGUCCGUUUGAAGGCAACCAUGGUUCCGCACGAAGAACGAUUUGUCCUUGGCUUCCGCCUGCCAUGCGAGCCUGAGAAACGCCUGGAAUUAGCCAGUCGCUGGUAUAGGGAGAUCGUCAUGACAUUCAUGAAGGCUGACCGUGCGGUAAAGCCGGCUUGGCCCCAGCAUAUGCAGAGAGAUAUAUUUGAUAUCAGAGGUCUUACUGCCCAGCUUUUGCUUCCCUCAGGUCAAGAUUUCGGUGGACUCAAGCGAACCCUUGAAGCAUACUGUGCGACGUUCCGAUGCCCACCUCCCGAGUGGACCGUUAAUUGGAAGUGCGAACGCCGAGAGCACUGCCCUGAAUUCCGACUCCUUCCUUCCAAGGAGCCCAGCGGAUACACUGCUCUCCAACUCCUGGCUGUGUUCAAGUCCCUGCGCUACAACGACUACUUCAAGGCUCUGUCGUUCCGUGACGUCGACUUGGCACCUCUCUGUGGCCUGACAGAUCAUCCGGGUUUUGAAGAGUCGGUGGCAGAUGUUUCCCGAGAUGGUCUUGUUAUCGAUGGUGUACACAAGGAUGUCAUCAGAUCUGCGCCCUUGCUGUCCCAAGAGAUUCAUGCCGUCGCGUUCACCUCUGGCUCUAUACGUAAGAUCGAUCUUACCAACGUCCUUGCGUCGCGGAACAUUAUUGGUGCUUCGCGAGGUCGAGCAGGUUCCAAGAAGGAGCCAGAAGUUGUUCGCCCCAUUCUGCUUCUCCUGAGGACUGGCAAUAGCCACUGCGAUACUCUGUUGGUGGGAGGCAAUCCUCUCACCGCAGCGGAAGUUAACGAUCUUGUCGAUGUCCUCCACAUUCCUGACCUCUUGAAGGAACUGGACAUAUCUCGAUGCAACCUAGACGAGAGAAGCCUGGAGGAGAUUUGGGACGCACUUCCUUCUCAAGGAUUUAAGUUGGAAUCCCUCAACACUUCUCGAAACAUUGGCCAUGUCGAUCAUAUGGUUAUCAAGAGCAAUCUGUCUCAUUUUGCUUGCAUUCGAAAGCUCAGCAUCGCAGGCAACUGCCUCAGUCAAUUCACAGAUCCCAUCUUCUACGAUGAGGCAAUAAUGAGGUGGGGGCUUGAAGAGCUGGAUCUUUCGAACAUCAAUCUGAACAAUGCUACCCUGGAAAUACUUGCGGACUACCUGAUGGCACCCGAGUCUGCUUACCUGCGCAGGCUCGACUUCAACAACUGCGGCAUGUCCGGUGCCCAAAUCGCGCAUCUUUUCCGCAGCAUGGGUCAAGGCAGAGAACUCGUUUGCUCUAUUAACGGCAACUACAUCGAAAACGGGUUGGAAGACCUGACUUCCGCCAUCGCAUACAACUUUGGACCCACGUCGCUAUUCAUGGAAAUGAUUGAAUUUAGGGAUGAGGACAACUACAUCAGCAUUAUCAAGGCGCUCUCGCUCAACCGGACCAUUCGCCUGUUGAGUCUCGUCGGCACUUCGACUCCAGGACAAGUUAGCGAAGAUGCUUGCUUGGCAGUAUCUGAUUUCUUCGCCACCAAUGAGUCGAUCCAGUACCUCGAUUUCUCUGGUUACUCGGCCAAGUUAGACGAGGGUCAGCUGGGGCUGGGAUUUUCCCGUUCGCUUUCCGGGCUCGCUAGCAACAAGACGCUCCUCCAUCUUCGAAUUCGAAACCAGAAGUUGAACAUGAACAUUGGGGACUUGGCAGAGGCAAUUCACAUGAACCAGACUCUGCGGACACUCGAUGUACAAGAGAACAGCUUCAACUUGUCGAACCUGUCUCACAUGGUCAGAAGCCUCGAACAGAACACCUCUAUUCAAGAGUUUUGCCCCUUUUCCCGAUCCGAACUAAACCGAGCCAUCAAGUCGAGUGUGCAGAACGUGGGAAUGCCAACAGGCCAGCCAGCGGUUCGGGCCCGACGCGCAUCCAAGGUGCUCUCUAAGGCAACUUUUGAUAACUUUGCCAUGGAGAUGGACAAGAACAACGCCUUGAUGCAAAAUCUGAAGGACGAAUGGACCACUAGGACGGCUCAGAUCGACAAGAUCCUCGAGAGAAACCGCACCCUGGCAUACGAAGUCGAGAUGGCUCGGCUGCAGUGGGAGAUGCCAGAGGAUCCCGAGGCAGACUGGAUCGCGCAUGAUCUCAGCAUCAUUUUUGGCGGGCUUGCGGCAAAGGCUAUGAAGAAGCGCCCUACCCCCAUGGACACGCCUGGUUUCCGUGGAAGUAUGCUGGCUGCUGGCUACCGAGGCAGCAUGAUGUUCGGUGCCAACACCCCGCCCUUGGAACAGUGGGAAGACUAUGGACUCAAGGCAGCGCCGCAUCACGUAUCCUCAGAGGAGGUGAUGGACAGCCCUGCAACCGAGAAUGCCAGCGGCUCCUCCUCUCUGCCAACGCCCCCUGAAUGGGUUCCUAACGAAAACAACGGCAAACAGUACGCCGUAUCUACGAGUGCGCUAAGCACCUACAGCGAACCUCAGAUCCUGGAAGAGUCCUUCGGCGACUUCGACCUUGAUUUGUUGAAACACAUGAUCGAACACGGAUUCAACCUCGACGACCCGACGCAAGUGCAACCCCAAGACGUCGGCAGGAAAGACGGGACCUCCGUUUCGACCACGAGACUCGACUAA